AUGACUUCGACUCUGUCAACCCGUCAAGGCAUUCUAACAAAAGCGUGCGGUAGACUAUCAGCAGCCCUGAAAGAUCAGGAGAACACCAAUAUUCCAUCACCAGAAGACGUUACCGCUUACAGGAGCUAUCAGACAAAGCGACUCAGAGAGAUUCGAAAAGCGAAGCUCACCAUCGAAAAAGAGGUCAACAGCGUAGAAAAAGCUUUGGAACACUAUACAAUAGCAGCAGAUAACCUCGACCCGGAAACACCUGCAUCGAGUGAUAUCAUUGGAAAGGUGAAUACAAACGGAGAAGCGGCACAGAAUCUACUCGACAUGGCGAAUACAAAACUGACGCAGUUGAUAAAAGAAGAAUUCGACAUCGAUAAUGAUGGAGACGUCCAGGAACAGGCUAUCACGAUGCAUGAAUCACCUCAUGUAGCACUACCUCCAAUACCGAUCCCAAAAUUUGACGGGAAAAUCUGGGAAUGGGAGACAUUCUGGGGAGCGUUCAACCAUUCAGUGCAUUCACGUGAAAUGGACGAUCUCUACAAAAUGAACUACUUGCUCGACGCCUUGCAAGGAGAAGCAAAAGAGAGUAUCAAGCAGUAUGAAGUGUCACGAGCAACAUAUCCAGCUGUGAUAUCAUAUCUCCACGACAAAUACGGGGACAAACAGGCAUUACUGGAUCAGCUUCUGAAGAAACUGCAGACAGCCAGAGCAACAAGCGAUCGUCUUGGAGAUCAAGAAAAUCUCUGCGAGCGUUUGAUAUCUCUUGUCAACCAGUUGAAGCUAAAAGGAGAGCACAUUGACAAUGUCUUCUUGCAAAAGCAACUGCUCGGAAAGUUCUCCUCAGAGUACAACGUCAUGUCCUGCCUGCUGCACGAGCUCAUAUCCGAACCGAAAGAAAGAUCAUUCAACACACGCAGAGGAAAGAAGUCGAGCGAUUAUUCUCAAACAGACGAACACCACAAUCAACGAAAACCACAUCUACCUGCUUCUACUGCAAUAAGCCGGGACAUUCACCCAAGCAAUGCCAGGAUUUUCGAUCUCGAGAUGAAAGAAUUGAAUCAUAAAGAGAAAGAACCUGUGCCGCAAUUGCGGGGCGCCCGGUCAUCAAGCGACGCACUGCAGCAAAGGAGCUUGCAGGAUGUGCAACGAAAAAGGUCAUCAUACCUCUAUCUGCAAAAAGGCGAUCUUCACAAGGCCUCCACCAAUGACUCAAGGAACAGGGCCUGUAAAAGGACCUCAGUCACAGGAAAAUGCGAAACCAAAACCGCCUCGAAAGACUAUGACGACAAGGACGCACUGCGUCUCCUCAGAAGAAGCGACAACAGGGAGCUUGCGGCAGAUACGGUUUUGCACGUCGGAAAUAGCAAACGACGACCGGACACACUGAUCCUCGCUGGUGAAGCGCUAGUAUUCAAUCCACGCUCACAAAUGCUGGAAAAAGUACACGUUAUGCUUGAUUCAGGAGCAGAUCGCUCAUUCAUCAGUGAAGAAUUAGCGGAUCGACUGCAACUCCCAGAAGCGGAGACAACAGUUCUCACGAUCAACACGUUUGGUUCAACAACGCCCAUGAAGAAGAAAUGCGGCACAACCACUGUGAAGCUAUGGGACCGGGACGGAAAUCCCCACAGCUACUCCGUGAGCAGAAUCGAUAUUCUUACGGAACCAAUCUACAAGAGCACUCUCACUGCAGAAGACAAGAAGUUCCUUUGCGAGAACGACAUCACACUCUCCAUCAGUCCUAAAACGUCGAAGAUUCGAGCAGAUAUCCUACUAGGAUGUGCAGACCUGUUCACACUACUGGAGGAAGACGUUGGACAACAACGAACAUUACCCUCAGGAUUAAAGAUACUCCCAUCCAAGCUAGGAUACCUCGUCAUAGGAAAGGCUGGAACAUCCAAUAAGGAGGAGCUAGUUGCUGUCAGCAAAGCGAGAAGCAGAGCAAACAGCGGUUCCAAGACGGAACCCGAUCUCCUGUUCUCGAACGAAUCAGAUGAAGGUAGCGCCAGGACGGUAGCUGAUCACAUACUCAUCGAAUGCGCGAAGCAGGACACGCAAAUGGCAACGUCAACAACUAUAGCCACCACUCCCGACGUCACUGAGACUGUCAGCCAUGAUGUGUUGCUGAACAACACACCCUCACAAGAUCAAGGUUCCAUGAUCUCAUCAGAAGGUGACAGCACGAAAAUGUGGGAGCAAUUUUAUUCACUUGAGACAUCUGGAGUCCAAGAAUUCAUAGGACCGACAGCGAGAGAACGUCAAGACAGAUCGAUUCAGCAGGAAAGUCAAUGCAGAAAGUACUCGGAAUCCCGUGGGAUACGGAGAGCGAUGAACUUCAGAGUGAGCUGCUCAUAUCCAUCAAAGAGCAAGUUCACAAAGAUGUACGAUGUACGAUCCACAUGGAUGGCUGACUCCUCUCACGUUACCAGCGAAGCUGUUCUUUCAAGAGCUCUGGGACCACCCCUACGAAUGGGACACAACACUCUCACCCCAACAUCAAGCCCAGAAAUGGAAAAGAACAGUUGCGUCGUCACAGUUUGCAAAACUUUGGACCAACAGCCAGCAGACCUACUGUGCUGGAAAAGAUACAAAAGUCUGUCAUCAUGCCAAACUUCAAUUGCUUAUGUACUCCGCUUCAUCAGAGGAAUCAGCUCUCGGGUUGACAAAAAUCUUCGUGCUCGAAUCGAGCAGCACAUUCCGGAGCUUUCCCAAAUGACAACGGAGCCUUACGUAACAGCGAACGAAAGAGAGAUGGCAUUGAGAGCGUUGAUCAGGAAUCACCAACAAGUUCAUGUCCAAGAUUCAAGGAGAAACGUUCUGAAACAACUCAAACUGCAAGCUGAUAGCCAUGGUAUUCUUCGAUGCAGAGGACCCAACGACAAUUGCGGAGACAGCAAGACGAAACGAAACGCAGGUUCAAGAACGGCAGAAGGAGUCCCAACACAGUUGACGGACACACUCAAUCCACGCUACAAUCUCCGAACACGAACUAACGCUCAUGUGACUUCAAUACCAAGUACGGUACUUCUGCUCACUAUGGCUUUGCUCACAGUACACGGUAUGAAGUCAGAGAUCACGACAUCCGAACGACACAGCACACAUGGAGCGGUGAUACGAUGCAUUCAAGGAGGAGUCCAGCUAUCCUCAUCAUCAGCACAACGGUACGAGAUCUGCGCAGAUAACCACUGCCACGUUAAGGACAACCCACCCGAACAGGAGAAUGUUGUUUUCCCACCCGAAGUUACCUUACGCGAUUACCACGUGCAAUGGAAACUUUAUGAUGGGAGUCAACUGAUGAUCUUGGAUGCCACCUGCCCUGAUCCGCCUCAUGAGGAAGCUUUGGCAGUACUGCGCGUGGCGAGUGAUCCAAAGAAGACGACAACAGAACAGAUACCGUGA